CCUCCAUGAUAUGAAAAAAGUCGACGAUUUUUGGCUUUUUUGUUGGUAAUUACUUGGUGGUACUUGAAAUAGGGCUGCGUUCUAAAAUUGCAGAUCAUGUGUUACCGUUGGUCACGACUAGCUGACAUCAAGAUGUACCUCAAAGAUGAGGAGAAGGAGAAUUGUGUUGACUGCAUCUGUACCAGGGCUUUUAUUGAUGAUGCUGAACUGUACAAAUGGGGUAUCAAAGGCAAGCCUAUACCAGUAGAAGAACCAGUACCGACUGAUGAUUUUGCACAAUCACCUAAACCUGGGGAUGUCUUGGUCCAGAAAGGCUCCGUUGAUCGUUCAUCACAAGAAGAUGUGUCUAUCGUGUUUGAGGGGGAGUUUGCUGGUGACCUGCAAUUGAUGAAAGACAUGGGAUUGCCUGUAUCAUUUGGCGUGAAAUUCACUGAAUCGUAUGAAGCGAAGCAAAAGGUUGUUCCCAAGCGACGUAAGAAGAAACAGUCAAAGAGAAAACCUAAUGUUGUGCCAGAUGCUGAUCAUCCUCCCCCACAUGGUGACCUUGAACCAGCAAGAAAAUGUCUCAAUGAGAAGGACAUCAAGGGUGCAUGGCAGGAUUAUUGGCAACAGAACGGCGAGUUUCUUGUCUGGCAGCAGUGGGUUGAGAAGUAUCCGAAUAAUAUAGAUCCAAACUUUGUGCCGCCUGCGUACGAACUAGAAGUGGUCACGACAGAGGCAACAGAAAAAGAGGAGGGUGAGGAGAGCACUGCUGAUGUGGAGGGGAAAACAGGUGUCGAUGUAAAGAAGGCAGAAAAAGGAGACACAGAGCCAACAGUUGCAGCUCCUGUUGCAGAGCCUGCAGUGACAGAAGAUGCAGAAGGCAGGACUAGACAAGCUGGGUCAGCUCCCGCGGUUCACUAUAACUUGAGCCAAGAGAAAGGCUACCACGAGGCCGUGUGUAAUAAGCUGACCGUAUCAGAACGAAAGACAGGGACACAGGAUGACAGCGGACUGAGUGAGGGUAGCGCAGAACUGGUUCACUUGAUGCAUGAUUAUGGGUUCAAACCAAAGGAGAAAGGGGCUAUAAAGGAUGAGGACAAGGGAGGUGCACAGGAAGGGAGUGAUGGGGAGGAUAAUUACGAGAGCCAGUGGAUAAUGUUAUGGGAAGAGAAUUACACAGAAGUGUAUUGGCAUUAUUAUAACCUGUUUCUGAAGUGGAACGGACCAGAUGCAGGCGUUGUGGACAUGCAGGCAGAACAAUUCGACGCACUUGACCAAAGCGAAGCAAAGAGUGUCACCGAUCCAUAUUCUUCUGCUCCGACAUCAGAUUCCAAUUGGCCAGUAGAUGAGGAUGAUCACGGCGUAGAUAGUGGUGACGAUGCAGAUGAUGAACAGCCAACUGAUGGCUCGUCGAAGAAGAGGAAAGGUCGAAGGUCAAGGCAUACAUCACAGUGUGAAAAUUCUGCAGGUGCCGAUACUAGCCAGCAUCUUGGUCUUCCACAUCCCACUGGCAGAUGGGGUCACAGGUACAGCACUGGUGAUGAUGGGGAUGAGCCCCCUGAAGAGAAACCCAUCAAACUUCCAAAAAGUCAUGAAGAGGACGUGAGAUCAGACGAUGAGGAAGCUAGCGAAGACACACCUGAUGAUGUAAAGAGAAGGAAGUUAGAAAUGGUAUUUGGUGUGCUCGGGUUCAAACUACCUAGUACAGAACAGCAUCAAACUAGUCAAACAGACCCGCACGUCACUCAUGGUCAUGUGGUUUACCGACAGAGGAAUCUAAAACAAUCGUCCCGCCAUAUCAACCUCGGACAGAAGCCAAAGGUUCACGUGCGGUUCGAUGAUGAGGGGAAUCCAUAUGAUCUGAGGGAGAGUUCAUCUCUAACAAAUGCCAAACACUUCCUUAGCAAUAUUAAAGAAGGAACAGAUGUGGAGGAGACGGGUAACAUCAAGACAACUGCUGAUGGGGAAGUGGAAGGUUGUAUAGAAGCAGCAGUUGCCACGACAACUGAAGCUCAAGGUGAAAUAGACAAGGUCACGUCAGAUACUGACAGGGCCUUGGAGAGUAGAAGUGAAAGCGAGGGACGCAAGGGUCAUUCCGUCGCAUUCGCUGCUCCUAUUUCGCUCUCUCCGAGGCGAGACUCGAAGAUGACUUGUUCGAGUGAGUCUGGUGAUGUGUUAGAAUCAAGUUCCGAGGCGACAGAUGCUGAUGACGAGGAGAGCGAAUAUCCUCAUAAGAACUUAGAGGAGGAUGAGGAGGCAGAACGACAAUUAGAGGAACUUCUAUCCAAGUGUGAUGCAAACAGGAAAAAGCCAAAACGAAAGAAGAAAUUGAAGAAAACCAAACGACGUUAUGUUCCUAUGCCAGAAGACAUAGCGUCUGAUCCAACGCUGAGGAAAUACUGGGCACAGCGGUACCGAUUGUUUUCAAAGUUUGACGAUGGGAUUAUGCUAGAUAAAGAGGGCUGGUUUUCUGUGACGCCAGAGAGAAUAGCUGAGCAUAUAGCGGAGAGAUGCCAAUGUGAUGUGGUCAUUGAUGCUUUCUGCGGGAUAGGCGGAAAUGCAAUACAGUUUGCGUUCACAUGUGAACGGGUGAUAGCCAUCGACAUUGACCCAGCAAAGUUGGAAUGUGCCCGCCACAACGCUGAGGUCUACGGUGUUGCUGACAGGAUAGAUUUCAUCACAGGAGACUUCCUCCAGCUGGCCCCACACCUGAAGGCAGAUGUCGUCUUCCUCAGUCCACCGUGGGGUGGACCCCAGUAUUUGGAUGCAGACGUCUUUGAUAUCAAGACGAUGAUAGAACUUGAUGGUUUCAGGUUAUUUGAACUUGCGAAGACGAUAACAGAUAACAUUGGAUUCUUUGUGCCAAGAAAUGCUGAUAUUGAACAAUUGACAAAACUUGCUGGUCCAGGCGGUAAGGUCGAGAUUGAACAAAAUAUUGUCAACACAAAGUUAAAGACAAUAACAGCCUAUUAUGGUGACUUAAUCGAUGACGGCAAUGUUACGACAUGAACAAUGGAUUAAUCAGGGAUAGAACUAGGCCACUUGGCUUCCGGGUAUAUCAUCUGAAUAACUGACUGACCAGUCGAUGCAGGAUUGCCAAGUGUUUUGAACACCAGCUUGUCAUGAGUGCUCUAAUUUAACCAUUUUGCUGCGAUGACGUGCAUGACACAUCAUACCCAGGUCCCCAUGAUGUGCAGGUGAUGUGCAUAGCACGUCAUGUCCUACUAAAAUUUUGAUUCAUCAGCACUUGGUUGCAGCCUCUCCUAACAUGCCAAAUGCACCAGGGGAACAUUAGUAUCUACCUAUACUGUAGAUUGCAACAUUUUUGAAUAUCAAUGGUAUCCACUGCUGGGAUCCACGCACAAGCCAGACAAUUUUCACAAACUGAUCACAUUGAAGUGUUAGAUUCUCUGAAAUCUUUAAUCAGACGUUUCCUGCCCAAAAAAGCUGUCGCAGCAAAAGAGUUAAACAUACACCUGCGGAGUACAUGUACGACGAACCUUUGGUGGUAAAAAUACUAGGAGAUUAUGUUGUUGCUACUUAUUGUGUUGUGUUGUUGUUAUGUAGGUAAAAUGCCAAAUUCUAAGGAUUAUAAGAUGUGAAAAGAAAAGGCCUACGUAAAUUUGGAAGUGUACAGGAUUGCUACUUAUUGUAAUGUUGUUAAAUUGGCUGAAACGUACAUGUAUAGUCCUUUCUUGUUCAACACAGGAAAUGGGCGGUAGUUUAUCUCAGGACUGGUGCCGUUGCCAGUUUAGUGGAGCAUUAUUUUGCCAAAACGGAGGCUUUCACAGUCUGCAAAAGUGUUAUUUACUGCUGUUCUCUAGAUCAUUCUCUUACCUAUCCGGUAUUGUAAACCGUGAAAUGUUCACAAAGCUAAAAAGUGACGAAUUGGCUCGGCCUCUUUUUGAUUGGUGGUACAUGUAGAUUAAAUAUCGUAUUUGCUUUGGAAAUUUAAUGGUCAAUGCAUGUUGAAUUUUCACGCUUUUCAAGUUCGUGUUUGACAGUGCAUAUGCGGAAAUUGUGAAAUUAAAACAAUCAUGUAAAUUUGUGGUUGAAGCGAAUUUCAUACCAGCAAUACAAUUGUGCCUGAGUUUGAUUGAAAAAUCCAUUUUAAAAUCUAGAAAAUCUGAUACAUUUAGUUUCCAGUGCCUCACCAGCACAAAAGGAGGGUAUCUGCGUUGAAGACGAUGUCGAACACUUUGGCAGUCAAGAUCUGUUUUUUUUGUUUAUUUUGCAUUUACUCGCUCGCAUUUACUUUGAUCUGCACGAAGGAAAAAAACCCCUAGGCACGUAUGCUGGGUCAGUCAUAAUACAAAACUAUUGCUCAACUUUUGGUGCUACGUGUGUUUCAAGACUGACCUGUUGAACGUUUUCAGUGCAAAUAACUUUCAAGCCAUGUCUCAAAUGGUUUGAAUACUGCUUUUAAAAUGACUUGUAGUGUGCUGAAGGAGAGUGGAUAUUAUUAGCCACCACAUGUCAAACACUGACACAUCACUCUUCUAAGAAGAGAAGUCUUUAGCCUGUACUACCUUAUCUUUCUCUCUUCAUCAAGUCAUGAAACGUUAAAUGAUAGUAAUCACAGAGCUUGUCUAGCAGGAAACCCUGUUCCAACAUGUAAGAAAGUAUUCUUCUCGAGUUUGUCACAUCUUGACAAUCGUUACACUUCAUGUACGAAUGGAACAGAUCAUGCAUUUUGAUUGAAAGUUUUAAUAAACAGUCAUGCUUUUUG